AUGGCUGCUCGGCUUCGCGGCUACACGGCUGCUCGGCUUCGCGGCUACACGGCUGCUCGGCUUUGCGGCUACUCUGCUGAUCGGCUGCGCUGGCACCUGUUCAGCUGCGGGAAGGGGAGGGGAAAGGGGGUAGAAGUGCUGGUGCGGGGCGAGGGGCGGCAGCUCAAAGGUGCUCUCGCCUACCCCUUGGGUGCUCUCGCCUACCCCUCGGGUGCUCUCGCCUACCCCUCGGGUGCUCUCGCCUACCCCUCAGGUGCUCUCGCCUACCCCUCAGGUGCUCUCGCCUACCCCUCAGGUGCUCUCGCCUACCCCUCAGGUGCUCUCGCCUACCCCUCAGGUGCUCUCGCCUACCCCUCGGGUGCUCUCGCCUACCCCUCGGGUGCUCUCGCCUACCCCUCGGGUGCUCUCGCCUACCCCUCAGGUGCUCUCGCCUACCCCUCAGGUGCUCUCGCCUACCCCUCGGGUGCUCCGACUAUCGUGGUGCAGCACCUGCGAUUGCUGGGCGAGACAGACUGCACUCUGCACCACUCCCAGGUGCGAGCACAGGCAGGUGCGAGCACAGGCAGCUGUGAGGACGUCUCUCUAAAUGCUACCAACUCAUCUCCUCCCAUCUGUCACUCACUCGCCUUUCGCACUCACUGGUCCCCCUUCCUGCGAACUCCUCUCGCUUCCCACAUACUACUCCCCCUUCCUCAUUCACUCCACUCAUUCUCUCACUCUCCACUCAUUGCCCCCCACCCGUCCGCUCAGCCGUUGCCCCGUGACACGGCGCUGGCAGCAGCAGCCAUCUACGCGCACAUGUUCCCCGCCUGCCCUCCCUCCGCACACGCUCAUUCACCACCAGACCUUGCUCCUGGUGUAGAGGCGAGGGGGGACGAACAACAAGGGAGGGAUGAAGAUGGGGUUGUUGCAACAUUUCAGGUCAUCUUCAUGGCGGGCUGGGCGCCGCACGAGUCGCAGCAGAGGGCUCGCCCUCGUGGAUCCGCGGCCGUGUCUCUGCACGCCCUGCACCACUCCCUGCCGGCCUACCCGUGA